AUGGCCUCGGAGCGCUAUUGGCGGAUAUUUAACGAUCCGGGCCUGUCACCGCCCGACGGGGCCCCCGUCAAUUCCUCGCCUGUAUCGCCCAAGGCCUUCCACGACCUCACUCAUCAGGUCCGACUACUCACCAACAUGGUGCAAUCCAUGGUUCCCCUUGUCUCCCACCCACCGCGCGCCCCGGCCGCCCAACCAUUACAUCAACAGGAGCCGCCCAAUCGAGUUCCCACUACGCCUCGGGAGCUCCCCGCCUCGCCUCCUGUCCCGUUUUCCCCACCUGCGACGCAGGCAACGGUCUACCCGAGAGGCCGCCAGGAACCCGAGGCACUCUCCCUGGAUUCGACGGAUUCCCUGCGCGCCCAGUUGCGCCUCGUCAACCAGCGGCUUGACGAUGUGCAGAAGGAGGUCCACGGGGCGAGGGGAGAGCUUGGGGGAGACGCACCCCGGAGAUCUCCGUUCACACCCGAAAUAUUGGAGCACGCGGUCCCCCCGAGCUUCCGACUCCCCCCCCUGGACACUUACGACGGCUACACCGAUCCGGCCGAACAUGUGGCGGCCUUCCGCGCCCGAAUGGCGCUCUACGAAACCUCUGAUGCCUUGACAUGCAGGGCAUUCCCCACCACUUUGAGGGGACCGGCCCUCGCGUGGUAUGGUGGCUUGAAGACCGGAACGGUCACAUCCUUCGACCAACUCGCCAGUGACUUCAAGCUCCACUUCAUAGCCUCCGCGCGGCCGAAGCCUUCCAUGGCGUUCCUCCUCGGACUCAACCAGAAGGAGGACGAGCCCCUCUCCCUUUAUAUAAAUCGCUUCGCGUCAAAAAUCCGGGAGCUGCCGGACACUCACACUUCUUUGUCAAUGCAGGCGUUCGUAAGAGGCUUGCGCCCCUCCAGGCUUUUUUGGUCUCUCGUGGAGCGACCUCCCAUCUCGAUUCCUGAGCUGCUCCAGCGCGCGAACCAAUUCGUUGAGGACGAGGCCUGGAUGGUGGGGAAGCGGUCGGAGCACAAGAGGGAAAGGUCGGAGCCAGCUCAGGGACAACCGCUUCCUGCGCCCAGGCGAAAGCUGAGCCGGUCCGACCCGCCCACGCUGAGAACCCACCUACCCUCUCCGGAUGCCUCCCGGACGGAGAUAUUUCUCCAGAUAAGGAAGAGGGGCCUGCUCAAAAACCCCUUCCCGAUGAAGAACCCGCGGGAGCUGGCUGACCGAUCCAAGUAUUGUCGUUUCCAUCGGCAAAGCGGACACGAUACCGAGGAAUGCCGCGAGCUGUCGCGACAGAUCCAUGAGCUACGCCGCGGAGGACACCUCGACCCGCACACUCAAGCGGGCAGGGAUUUAUCGCCCCACCCGAACGACCCCGUUGAGCGCCUCGUCAACGUCAUCACGGGGGGCCCAACGUCCGGCGGAGUUAGCAUGUCUGGGAGAAAGGCAUACGCCCGUUCGGCCAGGGAGGACACUCUCUGUGGUGCCCCCGACCCCCGGGUCGCAUUCCCCCCCGAGGGCGCUGAGCAACCAGAGCAUGAUGAUGCGUUCGUAAUAACGGCCAGGAUCGCCAAUGCCCAGGUAAAAAGAAUAAUGAUAGAUACAGGGAGCUCGGCGGACGUGCUGUUUCACGAUGCCUUCCUGAAGCUAGGACUUGCUAAGGGAGCUUUGGAACCCAUCCGCUCGGCCCUCACUGGGUUCACUAGCGACUCGAUUUCACCAUUGGGAGCUUCGAACUCUGCCCAGGACCCUGGGAACUCCGCCCAGGACCAAAACGGUGAUGUCCACCUUCCUGGUAGUGGAUCUCCCCACAGCAUACAAUGUCAUCCUUGGUCGCCCCUCCCUCAACAAGAUCAUAGCCCUGGUCUCCACCUACCACCAGACGGUGAAGUUUCCGACCCGCGCGGGAACAUGAGAGGUCUGGGGGAGCCAUCGGGAAUCUAG